CCUUACACAUAUUAGAGCACCGUCGGAAAUUGAAACACUUUUUCAUGCAAGUUAAAUAUAUGUAUGCACACAAAAUUUUAUUUCCCCUAUAAUUUGUGCGUUCUGAAUUUCAGCCUAGAAAAAACUCAUAUAAACACACUUUCGUACUUUACCGAAGUAUACGUAAAUUAAAUUCCCUUGGGUAGCUCAUCACUCCUCUAUAUAUCUCCACGAGAACCACUUGGUCGAGGGAGAGCAAAACUCAUCAGAGAAGUAGCAUUUCAUCAUCAUACGACUAGCAAUAGAAAUGAAGGUGGAGCAACAGAAGAAGCAGCAGCAAAGCAACACCAAAAUGAAUACUCCAAAUCCUCCCCACGUUCUGAUCCUGCCGUUUCCAUUCCAAGGCCACAUCAACCCAGCCCUCCAAUUCUCCCGCCUCCUCAUCUCCAAAGGACUCCGAGUCACCCUCAUCGUCUACGCCGAAAUUACCACCGAGUUGACCCAAGGCCAACUCGGCUCCCUCGCCGUCCACUUCCUCUCCACCCACGACGACGAAGAAGAAGAACCGGCCGUACAAGCGGGCGGAUUCGGCUUCCUCGACAGGUUCGCCAAAACGGUGAAGAAGGAACUGCCACGUGUGGCUUGUGAGAUCGAGAGGGAGACCGGAUCCGGUGCGGCCUGCCUCGUCUACGACUCGGUGGCUCCCUGGGCUCUGGAGGUCGCUAGGGAGAUGAACAUCCCGUGUGCUUCCUUCUUCACCCAGCCUUGCGCCGUGGACGCCAUUUUAUACAGUUAUUACGAAGGCAGAAUCAGAGCUCCGAUUACCGACAAGGAGGAGAAGUUUCGGGUUGACGGUAUGGCGGAGGUGUCGCUGGCGGUCCAUGACCUGCCUUCUUAUCUUCAUGAUGAAGAUGACGAAUACGCGCCCGAGUGUUUGGCCCUUUUGGCUGCCCAGUUUUCCAACGUGGCGGGUGCUGAUUGGGUCUUCUGCAACACUUUCACUGCCCUUGAAGAAAAGCAGAUAGUACACUGGAUGUGCAACAAGUUACGAUUCAAGGCGGUGGGACCCACAAUCCCAUCGAUCUACCUGGCGAAGCAGCUGUCGUCCGACGACACGUGUCACGAGUACGGCCUCAGCCUGUUCAAGCCCCAGCACUCCCCAACUUACCUGAAGCAGUGGCUGGACUCCCAGCAGCCCAAAUCGGUCGUCUACGUGUCGUUCGGGAGCGUGGCCAGCCUGUCCGACAAACAGACCGAGGAAGUAGCCGCCGCGCUCGAGAAACUGGACCGGCCGUUCCUGUGGGUGGUCAGGAAAUCCGAACAGGACAAGAUCCCUCCCGGGUUCGUGGAGGACACGUCGGACAGGGGCCUGGUGGUGACGUGGUGCUGCCAGCUGGAGGUGCUGGCCCACGAGUCGACGGGCUGCUUCGUGACUCACUGCGGGUGGAACUCGACGAUCGAGGCGCUGAGCAUGGGUGUGCCGAUGGUGACGGUGCCGCAGUUCGCCGACCAGCCGACCAACGCCAAGUUCGUGGAGGACGUGUGGGGGGUCGGGGUGAGAGUGAUGGUGCGGAAGAGAGACGGGGAAGAGAAAGCAAUGGCGAGGAUGGAAGAGAUCGAGUGGGGCGUGGUGGAAGUGAUGGAAGGAGAGAGGGCCAAAGGGAUUCGAAAGAAUGCGGAGAAAUGGAAGACUCUGGCUCGAGCUGCUGUGGCUGACGGCGGGAGUUCGGACAGGAACAUUGAGGAUUUCGUGGAUGAGCUUGUGAACCUGCAGUUGCUCAAAAGGUUGGAGUUGUAA